AUGAUCGGUCUGUUCUUGCUUGUCCUCAUGUCUGGGUAUAUUUGGUCAGUUGUGUUGGUUAUGAUCAUUACAGUGUUAGUUUAUAGAGAGGUCAUUUCAAUUGCAUACCAUUCAGCAAAAGGAAAUACUCGAUGGUUUAAAACAAUGAGCUGGUACUAUUUAAUUACAACAGAGUAUUUCUUGUAUGGCGAAUCGAUUAUUUAUUAUUUUAAAGAGGUUGUCAUGGUUGAUGCGUUCCUAUUACCAUUUGCAACCCAUCAUCGUUUUAUCAGCUUCGUACUAUACGUCAUUGGCUUUGUAUUUUUUGUGAUGAAUCUGAAAAAGGGACAAUACAGAAGCCAAAUGUCACAAUUCGGCUGGAUGCAUAUGGCUAUCUUCUUGAUCGUUGUUCAAGCACAUUUCAUUGUUGAUAAUAUUUUGGAGGGCUUGAUAUGGUUUAUUUUACCAGCAGCUUUGGUGAUUCUUAACGAUAUAUUUGCUUAUGUUUGUGGAUUCUUUUGGGGAAGAACACCACUUAUUCAAUUAAGUCCUAAGAAGACCGUAGAAGGUUUUGUGGGAGGACUUAUCUUUACUCUUGUCUUUGGAUUUGUUUUGGCAACGAUUCUCAUGCGAUUUGAUUAUAUCACGUGUCCUAUUCAAGAUUUGGGCGCUGCUGCUUGGUCUAACGUCUCUUGCGAUCCUAAGAAUCCUGUCUUCACAACAGAACCUUGGGAGCUUCCUGCUUUGGUCCGUUAUGUUAUCAAAUAUAUUUUCAUGAAAGAUGUCAGUCAGGUAUGGAUAGCACCUGUUCAAUUACAUGCUAUUGUGAUGGCUUGUUUUGCUUCUUUGAUUGCGCCCUUUGGCGGUUUCUUCGCAAGUGCAGUAAAGCGUGCCUUUAAAAUUAAAGAUUUUGGAGACAGUAUUCCUGGUCAUGGCGGUUUGACAGAUAGAAUGGAUUGCCAAUUUUUAAUGGGAUUGUUUGCUUAUAUGUACUACCAAUCAUUCAUUAAGAUGUAUCAUGUAUCUGUUGGUAAUAUUCUGGCCCUGAUGAUCAAUAACUUAUCGCCCAAGGAACAACUCGAGCUCCUUGAAAGAUUUCAAACAUACUUGAUAAAUCAAGACAUCUUAAAAAAUCAAAUUGAAACCGUCAUUUCAAAGGCUCAGCAUCUUUUAACUGGCACUAAUUAA